GGCGCGGGGCGCGUUCACCUGAGGACUUCCCCGCCUCCAUCCGCGCCCCGCUCCCGGCUGUCCUGGCCCUUCGGUCGUAGCUGGUCCCGAGGUUCUGUUCGUGGGGAGGGUGGGGGCUCCAUUUUAUGGUUCCCUGGACCACAGCGUCCUCCCGUGAGCAUCCGAGGGCCCCAGCGGCCAUGCCGAACCCGCGGCCCAGGACCCGCCGCGACGCCCGGGCUGGCGCCGGUGCCGCCGGCCGGGAGCAGCUGCUGUCGCGGUCCUUGCAGAGCGCAGAGCACUGUCUGGGCGCCCGGGACUUUGGCACUGCUUAUGCCCAUUACCUCCUGGUGCUCAGCCUGGCUCCGGAGCUCAAAGACGACGUGAAGGAAACUUUUCAGUACACGCUUUUCCGAUGGGCUGAAGAGCUGGAUGCCCUCAAUCGGAUACCAGACUUACUUGGUUGCUACGAGCAGGCGUUGGAACUGUUUCCUGAUGAUGAGGUGAUCUGCAAUAGUAUGGGAGAGCAUCUCUUCAGAAUGGGCUUUAGAGACGAGGCAGCUGGGUAUUUUCGCAAAGCGGUGAAGCUAAACCCUGAUUUCAAUGAUGCAAAAGAGAAUUUUCACCGUGUUGCAAACUGGCUGGUGGAACGCUGGCACUUCAUCAUGCUUAACGACACCAAGCGGAACAGGGUCUACGACGCCGCCAUCCAGAAGGCAGUGCGCGCAGGCUCCAAGAGUGUCCUGGACAUUGGAGCAGGAACCGGGAUACUGAGCAUGUUUGCUAAGAGGGCUGGAGCCCACUUGGUGUACGCCUGUGAGUUGUCCAAGACCAUGUAUGAGCUUGCCUGGGACGUUGUGGCUGCGAACAAGAUGGAAGCUGGGAUAAAACUCCUGCAUAUGAAGUCCCUCGACCUCGAAAUUCCAAAACACAUUCCUGAAAGAGUGUCCCUGGUUGUAACAGAAACCGUCGAUGCAGGUUUAUUUGGAGAAGGAAUUGUGGAGAGUUUAAUCCAUGCAUGGGAGCAUUUACUUUUGCAACCAAAGACAAAAGGGGAAGAUGAUAAUUGUGAACAGUAUGGGAAGGUUAUCCCAGCAAGUGCCGUUGUGUUUGGGAUGGCAGUAGAGUGUGCAGAGAUUAGAAGACAUCACAGAGUGGGUGUUAAAGACAUUGCUGGAAUCCAUUUGCCAGAAAGUAUAAAAUUUCAGAGUCCAACUUGUUCUUCUGGAGGCGCUGAAGAGGCAGUUGAACCAUACACUACUGAGAAGAUGAGCCAAAUUCCUGGAGGGUAUUUGCCCCUGACAGCGUGCUUUGAAAUUAUGAAAGUAGAUUUCAACAACCUUCAGGAACUGAAAAAUCUUGCAACUAAAAGCCCUCAUACUCUUGAUGUUCCUGUUGUUGAAGAAGGCGUGCUGGAUGCUGUUGUGGUGUGGUUUGUCCUCCAGCUGGACGAAGAGCACAGCUUGUCCACGAGCCCUAGUGAGGAGACGUGUUGGGAGCAGGCUGUUUACCCUGUACAGACCCUUGCCGACUACCAGGUGAAGACUGGAGACCGUGUGGCAAUGGAAGCAUCUUGUCAGGAUUGUUACCUCAGGAUCCAAAGUGUCCGUGUCUUGCGCUUGGACCAUGAAAUGGAAGUUGUAAAACAUUUUACUAAAAGUGAAGACUUGCUGCCUUUGGGAACUGAGGCUGAACUGUGCAGUGCACUGGCUAACCUGCAGACCAGCAGAGCGCAUGCUGCGCAGCAGACCUGUGUCCUGGAACCCACCGAGAUGGCUUUGCUCAACGACAGCGCCUAUCAUGAAGGCUUUAAGAGGGCAAUGAGCAAAGUGUUGUCCUCGCUGACCCCUGAGAAACUCGGUGACCCUCAGCGCCCGGGUAGCGAGAUGAGUGCCGCUGGGCAGAGUAACACUGAAGAGUCCACCCCUGAGCCUCUCUACGUGCUGGACGUGUCUGAGGGCUUCUCCAUUCUGCCUAUAAUUGCUGGAGCACUUGGGCAGGUCAAGCCGUACAGCUCUGUGGAGAAAGACCAGCAUCGCCUCACUCUAGACCUCAUCUCUGAAGCCAACCAUUUUCCAAAGGAAACCCUGGAGUUUUGGCUGAGACACGUGGAUGACGAGGCUGCCGUUUUGCAGAGGCCCAGAUCAGACCGACUCUGGAGCAUCAUCAUUCUGGAUGUCAUCGAGCCGUCUGGCCUCAUCCAGCAGGAGAUCAUGGAGAAGGCAGCCAUAUCCAGAUGCUUGCUGCAGUCUGGAGGCAAGAUCUUCCCACAGUACGUGCUGAUGUUUGGGAUGCUUGUGGAGUCGCAGACCCUGGUGGAAGAGAGUGCCGUGCAAGGGUCGGAACGCACUCUUGGCUUGAACAUAGCACCUUUUAUUAACCAGUUUCAGGUGCCUGUCCGUGUAUUUUUGGACCUGUCCUCCCUGCCCUGUAAACCUUUAAGCCAGCCAGUGGAACUCUUACGACUAGACUUGAUGACUCCGUAUUUGAACACCCCCGAACGGGAAGUGAAGGUCCGCAUUUGCAGAUCGGGACGCGUGACCGCAGUUCCGUUUUGGUUUCAUAUGCACCUCGAUGACGAUGUCGCCUUGGACACGUCCCAGGAAGCCUCCCGCUGGAAACAAGCGGCGGUGGUUUUAGCUCGUCCCGUCCCAGUGGAGGUGGGGCAGGAGCUCGUCCUCCGCGUCCAACACCACAAGAGCAAUGUCAGCAUCACAGUGAAGCAAUGAGCACUGCUGUUUAGAGGGUCCACUGCAAAAAUUUGUCUCAAUCAGUGACAUUGUAACCAUAACAUGACUGUAUAAAAUUCCUUGUAAUAGUCAAAUAUUUUUAAAAAUAUUUUUUAUUUAUUUAUUUGCUAGUGGGACCUACACAGAGAGACAGGGAGAGAGAGAAUGGACAUGCCAGAGCCUGUUGCUACUGCACACAAACUCUAUACACAUGCCACCUUGGGCAUCUGGCUUUGUAAUGGGAAAUCAAACCUGGGUUGUUAAGCUUUGCAGACAAGCAUCUUGACUGCUGAGCCAUCUUUUUAGCCUGUCAAGUAUUUUUAAAGAGCCAUUAAUACAGAACCUUUAAAAUAUUUA